AUGAACCUCAAUGUAUUGGAUAUUAUAGUCCUUGUGAUAUAUUUUGCAGCUUUAUUGGGUACUGGGAUAUACGCAUUGUUCGCCUCUAGAAGAGGGACUGUUACUGGUUAUUUUUUAGCAGGCCGGUUUAUGACAUGGCUUCCUGUUGGUGCAUCAUUAUUUGCUAGCAACAUUGGAAGCGAACAUUUCAUCGGUUUAGCUGGGUCAGGAGCGGCAGCUGGCAUAGCAGUUGGCGCUUUUGAACUAAAUGCGUCAAUUUUACUUCAACUUCUUGGAUGGGUUUUCCUGCCGGUGUAUAUUGCGAGUGGAGUAUUUACAUUGCCAGAAUACAUGAAGAAACGAUAUGGCGGAGAAAGAAUACAUAUGUAUCUCGCUCUUUUGUCUCUCAUACUAUAUAUUUUUACAAAGAUUUCUGUUAAUUUAUAUUCAGGUUCCCUGUUUUUAACUGAAGCAUUAAAAUGGAAUACUUGGGUAUCAAUAGUUUUGCUGCUUUUCCUCACUGGUCUUAUUACUGUUACCGGUGGAUUAGCAGCUGUUCUGUAUACAGAUACACUACAGUUUUUCGUGAUGAUAGUUGGUGCUUUAAUACUGGCUAUAAUAAGUUACAUAAAUGUUGGAGGCUUUGGUGGUGUCCUUUCUUCUUAUGGUCGUGCUAUAGCCCCGAUAAAUAUCUCAUCAAGUACAGAUUCAGAUUUAAUAAUCAGUUUGGCCAAUGUUCUUAACACAACAAAUUACACUUCAUUAACUCAAUUGGCAAGUUCACCAGAUGUCCCUUCUAGUCUAAAAUGUAGUCUACCACCUGAAAAUGCAUUUGUAUUAUUACGUGGAAUUAAUGAUCCAGAAAUGCCAUGGCUUGGGUUUUUACUUGGUCAAACACCUGCAUCUAUAUGGUAUUGGUGUACUGAUCAGAUGAUGGUACAACGUGUUUUAGCUGCAAAAAGUUUAUCUCAUGCUCAAGGUGCUACAUUAAUGGCGGGUUUGAUUAAACAGCUACCUUUAUUUCUAAUUGUAAUACCUGGGAUGAUAAGUCGAAUAUUAUUUCCAGAUGUGAUUGGUUGUAAACCUGGACCAGAUUGUUAUCGAAUUUGUGGACAAAAAAGUGGAUGCUCAAAUUUAGCUUAUCCAAAACUUGUAAUUAAUAUUAUGCCAUCAGGUCUUAGAGGUCUUAUGUUGGCUGUGAUGUUAGCUGCAUUAAUUUCUGAUUUAACUUCAAUUUUCAAUUCAGCUAGUACAUUGUUUACAGUUGAUGUUUAUAUGAAAAUUAGAAAGAAAGCAAAGAAUAUGGAGAUAAUGGUUGUUAGUCGAAUAUUUGUAAUUGUAUUAAUAUUAUUGAGUAUUGCUUGGAUUCCUGUAAUUCAAGAAUUUCAAGGCAGUCAAUUAUAUAUAUAUAUUCAAGGUGUUUCAGCUUAUCUUGCUCCACCUGUGGCUUCAGUUUAUUUAUGCGCUAUUUUAAACAAACGAACUACAGAAAGGGGUGCAUUCUAUGGAUUAAUGUAUGGAUUAAUAACUGGUUUAAUUCGAUUAAUUCUAACAAUUAUCUAUCAUGAACCAGUAUGUGGUGAAGAAGAUAAUAGACCAUGGAUUAUUAAAGAUAUUCAUUAUAUGUAUUUUGCAUUAUUCUCAUUUAUAACAUGUGGUCUUAUUGUAUGUUUAUUAUCAUUAACUGAAAAACGUUUAACCAAUGAACAAUUAUGUCGUUUAACUUAUUGGACAGCAUGGGAUCAACCAGCUAAUGAUAAUAAUAAUUCAUUAUAUCAAAUUAAUUCAAAAAAUGAUAUACACUCUACUGAAAUGAUUAUAAAGAAUGUGGAUAAUAAUUAUCAUAAUGUUGAUGGUGAUGAUUAUGUCGUUGGUCAUCAUAGUGAUGAUCAUGUCGAUGGUGAUGAUCAUCUUGAUGGUAAUCAUACUGAUGCUGCUGCUGCUGAUGAUGCUGAUGAUGAUGAUGAUGAUGAUAAAGAUGUUAACAAAACUAAUCAUUCUAUCUAUCAUCAAUAUGAUAAUCAUGAAAUGAUUCAUAAAAGAGAUAUCUCUACUAAUAAUUUAAAUCAAAUGAAUAUGAAUAAUAAUGUUAAUUCAUUACAAAUUUUUGAUGAAAAUAAUAAUAUGAAAUGUCAACAAUUAAAAGAAGUUGAAAAUUUUAAUGAUAAGAAGAAUAGUGAAGAUCAUCAAUCUUCAACAGAUCAAAAACAUAAAUCUCAAUCUUCAUCAUGGUAUAAAAUUCUUAAAAAUAUAUGUCUUUGGUUCUGCGGUUGUGCUGAUUAUCCAUGUUCUAAUCUAGAUAUAAAAAAUUAUUAUCAAUGUAAUUGUUUACAAAAAUUAUGUAAUCAAUUUAUAACACAUUCUCAUCCUUCUCAUCAUCAUCAUCAUCAUCAUCCUGAUGAAAAAAUUUAUAUUAUUACAUCGAAUGAUAAUCAUUUUAUUGAAGAUAAAUUUAUAUACAAUAAUGAACAAUAUCAAUUAAAUACAAUAGAUAAUUAUUAUAAACAAUCAAUUAUAUCAUUAAAACAAAAUUCAUAUAUUAAAUUAAUUUUAUAUAUUGGUUUAAUAUUAACUAUAUUAUUAUCUAUAUUUGGUUUUAUAUUUUUUUCAAUUUAUUUUAAUUCUAUUCAAAUUGGUCCAUUAACAAUUCAUAUUAAUAAUUGGAUAAUAAUUAAUAAUGAAACAUUAAAAAAUGCAUUAAAUUUAUUAAAUCAUCAUGGAUUCAUUAAAAUAAAGUAAGAAUAUCCCCCACCCCACCACCCCGUUGUUUAGUUGGUUAAUAUAUUUGUUCUUUUAUAUAAAUUUUAUUAUGAUAAUAAUUAAAAGUAAUAGUUUGUUUAGAUAUGAUUAUGUCAACAAUAUGUUUACAGCAAAUCUUAUUGGAUUACGAAGAUGUUAUAUAUAUAUAUAUAUAUAUAUCUAUACAUAGAUACAUUCGUUUUUGUUUCUGACCAAACACUAGAUUUCAUCUACCAGAUGUAUUGGAUAUCGAGAUUGUAUCUGACUUUAUUAAAUUCAUGAACAUCUUAAUUACACUUAUUACUUACUUACUUAAGCCUGUGACCCUUUCGUGGAAGAGCAUUGGCCGCAUACUAGUAUUCUCCAUCCAACCUUGUCCUAAGCACAUGGACAAGACAACACUAUUGAGGCUUCUUCGACACUACGGCGUGCCCGAGAAGAUAGUCAAUAUCAUAAGGAAUUCCUUUGAUGGAUUAAAUUGCAAAAUCGUGCAUGAAGAACAGCUCACCGACUCAUUCGAGGUAAAGACCGGUGUUAGGCAAGGUUGCCUACUCUCACCGUUUCUCUUUCUCC